AUGGGUAAUAAGAACGGGCAAGUGAUAGCUGGUGGCUAUGGUCCAGGAAAUCGAUUAGAUCAGUUGCAUAAUCCAACAGAUGUUUUGAUCGACAAGGAGACAGAUAGUCUAAUCAUCUGUGAUCGUAAGAAUCGACGAGUUGUACAAUGGUCUCAUUAUGGUGGCAGAAGCCAAGAAGAUAUCCUCCUUGACAACAUCACUUGUUAUGGAAUGGCUAUAGAUGAUCGGAGAUAUCUCUACAUCUCGGAUACUCGAGACGAUGAAGUAAGACGAUACAAAAUAGGAGAAAAGAGUGGAACUGUUGUGGCCGGUGGUCAUGGCAAAGGUGAAGGUUUCAAUCAACUCGACUGGCCAACCUACGUCUUUGUCGAUCGACAACAGGCUGUCUACGUGUCAGACCAAAACAAUCAUCGUGUGAUGAAAUGGAACAAAGGUGCAAAAGAAGGAAUAGUCGUUGCUGGAGGUCACAGCAAGGGAAAUGCUCUGACGCAAUUGUGGUAUCCUGAAGGAUUAUUCGUCGAUAUGUUAGAUAUCGUCUACGUGGCAGAUUCAUUGAAUCAUCGAGUGAUGCGUUGGCCUAAAGGAGCGAAACAGGGCACUGUAAUUGUAGGUGGAAAUGGUUGUGGAGAAAGAGCAAAUCAAUUCAACAGUGUUGGUGGUUUGUCCUUCGAUCGGCAAGGUAAUCUCUAUGUCGUCGAUUAUCAUAAUUAUCGUAUUCAACGUUUUUCUAUUGAAUAG